GCUGCCGCUGGCUUGGUGACUUGAUCGAGUGGAUCCUGACUUUCUGAGAGGAAGGGAGCCAUCGUAUCAUCCGCAUUGUGCGUCGUACAGUGCUCAUCUUUUUGCGAUUUGGUGGUGAUUGGGGCCCGGCUUUGCGACGCUCACACAUACACACACUAAAAGAAGAAUGGAGGCGCAACGCAUGGCGAUGCGAUGCGCUGACCGAAGCACAAGGAUCCGGGGCUUGGCCGUGCCUUGCCGUAAGAUGUGGCUGGCGUGGAUGACCUUGGCGCUGCUGGCGCUGCUGACAACAACCCGAGCCGGCGUACCCAGUCUUGUUACGGACGAGGAGGGUAAUCUGCACAUUGAGACCCCAAGCGUGACGGAGGGCACCUCACGAGUGGUUUAUAUAAACGGGGUGGACGUGGUGGCUCAAAACGCUGCUCUGACCACUGCUCUCGAGUCUUUACGUCAGCACGUUGCAACUCUGGGCGAACCCACCUUUGCCACGGCAAAGCUCAUCACCGCAUCUUUUACCCACCCCUAUGCGCUGGCGCGGGGUGACAUGAAUAAUGAUGGCAUCAUGGACAUUCUCUUUACCAGCUUGACGUUCGGCCAGGUUGGCAUUGCCUACAAUCUAGGAAAUGGAUCCUUCGCAUCCAGCAUCAACGUCGUCACGUAUGCCCUUGCCUCUCCACACGCCAUUCUGGUCAUGGACACCAACAAUGACGGUUUCAAGGACUUCCUCGUGGCAGACGCCGAUGGCGGUUCCGUUGUGGCCUACACCAAUACCAACCCGUCAGCGGGAACAUUCAGCUCGACGGUUGUGGCGGACAAGCUUGAUGCCCCCGUGUCCUUGGACGAGCUUGCAUUGAACAAGGAUGGCUUUUCAGAUUUUGUCAUUGCAACCGAGAACAAGGACGCCAUCUAUUUGGUUCAAGGUGGAUCCACCUGGAGCGGGCCCUCUCAGGUGGUCUCGGGCACGGCCAACUCUCCAUCGGCCUUUUCCGUGCGCAGCGGGGACAUGAACAACGAUGGGUAUGCGGACUUGGUGGUGAUGCGCACCUCGGCGGAUGAAGUGGCGUUGUAUACCGGGAGUCCCACAGGCACGUUUUACUUUUCUGGUGUGUUGCCGACCCUGGGUGCUGAUUACCCGCGAGCCAUCGAACUGGGCGACUUGGACAACGAUGGAGACUUGGACGUUGUCCUGGUCGCUUCCAUCAGCAACAGCGUGGUGAUCAUGUUUAACCAACUCAAUGGCCAAUUCAGCGGGGAACUGGUCUCCAACUCGGUGGCCACACCUGUCGCAUUGCAUUUGGCUGACCUGAAUGGAGACGGGCAUUUGGACAUUUUGACGACUAGCUUCUCCAGUCAACAGGUGGUGUGGUUUCGCAACCUUGGCGGGGGGCGCUUCACCAACAAGCUGAUUCUGGGCCAGGGUUUGAGCCAGCCCAAUUCGCUCGUGGCCCUGGACGUGGACCAGGACGGCGACGUGGACGUUGUCGCGACUGGCGAGAAUGCCAAUCAUGUCGUGUGGUAUGAGAAUUUGCGCCUGUAA